AUGUCAACGAAACACAACUUCAUCUCUAAUGUUUCGCCAAGAAAACAAUCGUGGACAUUGGUUGUGAGGGUUGUUCGUGCUUGGUUUGGUCAAGACUACAAAAAUAAAAAACUACCAUUUUUCAUGGAGUUGGUUCUAAUGAAUCGAAAGGGUGAUCGAAUUGGUGCGUCUAUACGAAGAACAUUGAUCUACAAGUUCAAGGAACAACUCCAAGAGGGAAUGGUGUUCACGAUUUCCUCAUUUAAUGUUGCUAGCAACAGUGGUUCGUAUCGACCAUCAUGCAACGAAUACAAACUGGAUUUCACAAUCAACACAAAAGUCAAACUAUCUAAAACUGUUUUGGUCCCAACAAACGUGUAUUCGUUUACACCUGCACCUCAUGUUUUCAAUGAAUCUUACGACAACAACUACUUAGUUGAUGUAAUAGGAGUCAUGAUUGGAGUUGGAGUUGGAGUUGAAAGAGAGUACGAAAGAGAUGGUACGUACCGUUUUAAAUGUACUCUUUUUGGAGAGUAUGUUGAAGAGCUGAACUCUUUCCUAUCUUCCGGUGAAUCUCAAAAUGCUGUUGUAGCCAUUAUGUUGACAAAAGUUAAAUUGUUUCAAGGAAAACCAGCAUUGCGAAAUGCAUUUUCUUACACUAGAAUCACAUUCAAUCCUGAAAUGGGUGAAACAAAGGAAAUAAGGAAAAGCUUUCUUAGUGCAAAUACAAAUUCUCCUGCAUCGGGAUUGAUCCAGUUACCAAAUUCAUCUCGCAUACCUGUAAAUGAGGAGUUUCUCUUACUUACUCCUAGGACCACUAUUGAGGAGUUGAAGAAUGUUAAUAAGAGCUCUGCUCUGCUUCUGAAUAAAACAGCAACAUGGCAAAAUGGGACUGAUUGCUGCUCAUGGCAUGGUGUCACAUGUGACACAAUCUAUGGUCAUGUGAUUGGCCUCGACCUUGGCGAUGAAGGCCUUGAUGGUAUAUUACAACCUAAUAGUACCCUUUUCGAUCUUGCUCAUCUCCAAACACUCAACCUUUCUUCCAAUGAUUUCUCAAACUCCCAUUUUCAUUCUAAGUUUGGUGGAUUCUUUAAUCUUACACAUCUUGACUUGUCUAAUAGUUUCUUUAAAGGUGAAGUUCCAACUCAAAUCUCACACCUUUCCAAAUUAGAAUCACUUCAUCUCUCCGAGAAUUUUGAUUUAAUUUGGGGGGAAACCACGUUGAAGAGGUUUGUGCAAAAUGCAACAAAUUUGAGGGAGCUAUUUUUAAAUCAAACAAACAUGUCUUCAAUAAGACUAAACUCCAUAAAUUUUCUCUUCAAUAAAUCUUCCUAUUUGGUUACUCUUAAUCUUAAAUCAACAGAAUUAAGUGGAAAAUUAAAAAAGAAUGCUCUUUGUUUGCCAAGUAUUCAAGAGCUAGACAUGUCAGAGAAUUCCUACCUUCAAGGCGAGCUUCCUGAAUUGAGUUGCAAUGCUUUUCUCACUACCUUAGAUCUCUCAGAUUGUGGAUUCCAAGGGCCAAUUCCUCUGUCCUUUUCUAACUUCACACAUCUUAAUUCCAUAAGUCUCUCAGAAAACCAACUUAAUGGUUCAAUCCCCUCCUCAUUUUCAAACCUUCAACGUCUCAUUCACGUGGAUCUUUCAUUCAAUUCAUUUAGCGGUCAAAUACCAGAUGUGUUUAGUGCGAUGACCAAACUGCAAGAACUCAAUCUAGCUUCAAACAAAUUACAAGGACAAAUUCCGUUUUCAUUAUUUAACUUGACUCAACUUGUUACAUUAGAUUGUUCGCAUAACAAAUUAGAAGGUCCCCUUGGCAACAAAAUCACAGGGUUUCAAAAGUUAACUUAUUUCAGUUUAAGUGAUAACUUUCUAAACGGAACAAUUCCUCCCACCUUGUUAUCUUUGCCUUCUUUGGAACAUCUAGAGCUGUCAAACAAUCGAUUUACAGGACAUAUCAGUGCAAUCUCAUCGUAUUCGUUAGAUACGCUAUAUCUAUCUGGUAACAAGCUACAAGGCAAUAUUCCAAAAUCCAUUUUCAACCUUACAACCCUAACUAGACUAGAUUUAUCAUCAAACAACUUGAGUGGUGUUGUUGAUUUUCAACUCUUUUCCAAACUUCAUUGGUUGUUUUUUCUGUCCCUUUCACAUAAUAGCCAAUUAUCACUAACCUUUGAAUCCAAUGUCAGUUUCAUUUACUCCCGACUAAGAAUAUUGUAUUUUCCUUCUGUCAAUUUGACAGAAUUUCCCAAGAUUGAAUUCCCAAGAUUAGAUUCUCUUGAUUUGUCAAAUAAUAAACUUAAUGGAAGCGUGCCCAAUUGGUUGCUUGAAAUAUCAGGAUCUUUGAACCUCGCUGGAAACCGUUUCACUUCCAUAGACCAAAUUAGCACACAAUCAAUUGGCACGUAUUAUUCCAGCUCAAGGAAUAUUAACCAGCUCGGUGGCCUUGAUCUUAGUUUUAACUUACUAGCUGGUGACCUCUCUGUAUCAAUUUGCAACAUGAGUUCACUUCAAACACUCAACCUGGAACACAAUCAAUUGACAGGUAUCAUUCCACAAUGUCUUGCUGAUUUAUCAUCCCUUCAAGUUUUGAAUCUACAAAUGAACAAAUUUCAUGGCACUUUGCCAAGUAACUUCUCAAAGAUGAGUGCACUUGAGACUCUGAAUCUUUAUGGCAACCAAUUAGAAGGCCAUAUUCCUAGAUCCUUGUCUCUCUGUAAAGGGUUGAAGUUUCUAAACCUCGGCAGCAACAAAAUAGAAGACGAGUUUCCUGAUUGGCUUCAAACACUGCAAGAUUUGAAAGCAAUAACUUUAGUGGUCCGCUACCAAAUGCCUAUUUUGAAAAGUUUGAAGCCAUGA